AUGGUGAUGGAGGUGGUGCACGAGGACGAGGCCGGAGACGGCGGCAUGCACUGCGCGAACCACCCUUUCAAGAACAGCGCCGUCCCAGGCGGCAUCUGCGCAUUCUGCCUCCAAGAGAAGCUCGGGAAGCUCGUCUCCUCUUCUCUGCCCAUGACCGUCUUCCCUUCUUCUUCUCCUUCAUCCUCCUCCUCCUCCUCUUCCCCUUCCCCUUCCUUCAGAUCCGAGUUCGACACCGGCACCGCCAACUCCGCCGGCGGCCUCCGCCACCUCGCCUCCUCAACCCAGACCGGCGCCGACGGCAAUGGGAUCUGCUAUUAUCCCCGGAGAUCGUCAAGGCUUCCCUUCGUCCUGACGCACAGGAAAAACAAGAAGAAAAAUAAAGACACGAAUCUGGCCAACGGGAGCUCAGAAAAUUCGAGCAUCGUCUUCAAGAGGAGCAAAUCCACCGUGACGCCGAGAAGAGGUACGCGUUUCUUGGACGAGAGCAGCUUUGACAGUCCAAACAAAAGAGGUUUCUGGUCGUCAUUUUUCCGCUCUUCAAAAAGUUCCGACGCCAGAAAAAGGGAUAAACACUUUAAAGAUUGGAGCUUUACGCCGAAUGGCGUUGUGGGGUCAUCCUCUGUAACCGGUCCAAGUAGGCCAAGAGAGGAUUUUGUGGUUGUUGAAGAGAAUGACGUAAGCCCGGACCACCCGGGUGUGGGCGGCCGGAAGGUGUCUAGAUCCAGAUCUGUUGGGUGUGGGAGCAGGAGUUUUUCCGGCGACUUUUUCGAGAGGAUCUCGACUGGCUUUGGCGACUGUACCCUGAGGAGAGUGGAGAGUCAACGGGAGGGAAAGUCAAAGGUGACUCCUAAUUUGGCUGCAAUUCCUUCUUUGUUGGCUGUGGGUGGCUGA